GCUCUGAACUGAGUCACGUUGCAUCGGUCACUGCAUCGCUUCAGUGUACUAACGCACGUUCAAUAACCUAAUUUUAUCUGUCAAAGUUUGUGCUUGAAUUACAGUUGUACAUUUGUACGCACAGUUUUGUGAAUUACACCUUUGGAAGUCAGCAAUUUUUCCAAAAUGGAAACUAUUGAAUUGCUCGAGGAUAGAAUAGCUGCUUUGGAAAAACAGAUAUAUGGCCUUAAGAAGAGAAACGAGAACAAGACUCCACCUGAGUGUGCAGUGAUUGAUAGCCUUUUACAUGUAAACACGUUGAUCUCGUCUGCGAUGUCAGGGAGAGAAAAAGCAAAUGUAAUGAUAAAAAGAUUGCCAGAGUUGAAUAAUUAUUUAGAUCCAGUGGUCGAGAGUACAGAAUUACCGAUAGAAGCUAAGAUUCAAUUGCUGUUGGCAAUGGCACCAGAGAUUAAACAGAAUCAUGAAAUGUUGAAACAGGUUGAAGAGCUCAUGCCUGUAUUAGAAACAGAUCGAUUGAAAGACGUGCCAGAAUUAUCUAACAAGUUAAACGAUCUAAUCUUGUCGUAUCUUAAAUUGUACGAAGAUUCUCAAGAAUUGAAUAAUCAAAUAAACGAUGUUUUCUCCAAGUACAAUGAAGUAAUAACUAGCAUCUCGAAAUCAUUGAUCACGAUAGAUGCCAUCGUGACAGCAGCUGAAAUCGCAGCAGCACCCAAGAAACAAUUAGAUUAAAAUUAUGUUCUCUAUUAUAUAAUAAUUGUAUAUUUAUUUGUUAUGCUAAGAAUAAACACGUUUAUA